AUGAAUUGGACUGGUAGCAAAAGAAACAAGACAAAAAUCAAGCUUGAACAACAAAGGCAAAAAGAGUUUUUCAAUCGUCAACGUUUAAAGAAAGUGCAUAAAUUUCUUAAAACUGAACCAAAACAUACACGUACAUUGCCCAGUAUUGAUGUUGUCCGACAAAAUGAUGGCAAUCAUCAGAUAAAUUCUUUUCUUGAAGAAAGUAAUCAUUCAAAUAAUGAAGAUGACCAAAUAUCGUCACCAAUUUCACUUGCUUUGAACCAUUCUGAAGAUCGUAUAGAGAUAUUUUGUGAUGAUGAAAGUAAUAAACUUCAUGAAUCUGAUUCAGAGACAAAGUUGGAUCACGAAAAAGCGAACAAUCCUACAACUGUUUCACAAAGCAUGACCGAUAUUUUAAAGCGCAAACAGGAUCUUUUACAAGGGUUAGAUUGGAUUGGCAUCAGUGUUUCUUCACCCAUCAAUAUUACGAAUAAUACAACUAUUUCAGACUCUCUUGAAGAGACAAAUCGAAGAAGCCAAUCACAUUCUCUCAGCGGACGAUACUCCAAAGAAUCAUUAACAUCUACACAUCAUUUUAGACGUUUAAACUCACCGUCUAUAAGCACAAAAUUAUCUAAAGAAAGCAUGUAUGAAACAACGACCGUAGUCGAUAUCGCGACAAUAAUCGACUCAUUAUCGCCUUUAGAACAAACCAAUGCAUCUGAAGCCUCGAUUGGUGAAGAAUCGUUAGAAUGGCAUCGUUUCUUAUCAACAAAUGAUGAAUGCAACUCAAAAGUCAGUAAAAUUGCCGAAUCUCCACCACCACCAAGCUGUACUGACACGAGAAUAACUCUCGAAGCCAAUAAAUCCCUUAUUUCUACAUCAAGAACGAUAGAGACUUCUGCAUUGCAUUCUGUUGUCCCCCAAUCUAUCACCUCAACAAAUAUUGCGUGGAACGAUUUUUUGUGCACAUCGAACAUUGAUUUUGAGAUUUCUCAAGAUGACGACGAAAAAUUUGAUACUAAUUCCUCAUUAGGUGCAAUUGAUAGUCCUAAAUUAAGUUCUAGAAAAAUAAUCGCAAGUAAAAGGUGCAAGAAAAGCAACUUUGCCGAAUUUUCCGCAAGCUUUAAUAAUAAUUAUGAUAAUUCAGAUUCAGAUUAUAUAAAAGAAGACAAACAAUUUAACUAUAAUCAAGAUGUCAUAAUUGGCCAAAAUGUUUUGACUCGCAUCCAUAACCUCGAAGUGAAAAAUGCUUGCCUUCAAUUGGAACUAAGUUUUUUGAAACAGGAUAUGAAAUGUCUAAUGAAGGCCACGAAGAACAGUAGUAAUGAACCUCCAAAUGAACCACGUAGUUCUAAUAUUCAAACGCAAACGGAUGAGUUUGAACAGGUCCCUGCUACAAACAUUGAACCAUCGAUGAAGCAAGACUUUAUUGAACUAGAUCAAAACCCGUCUCAGACUAGUCAGCCACUCAUUAACGAACAAAAACUCUUUGUAAAUGAAUCGUCUCAAGAUGGAACUUCCAAAGAUUCGAUCAAUAUCCCAACAUCAAGAGAUUUGACGCAUUCUAGUUCGGAUCAUGUGAAAUUGUGUACCAAAAAUACCAAAUUUUCCCAAUCGUCUGUUUCGUUGAUGUCGGCCGAAUCGCCAACGACAAAUUUUAGCAAUUGGGAGACCUUACCUGAAAUAGUGAAUUCAGAUAUGUAUCUUUUUGAUGCACUAGAUGAUGAUGACGAUCCACAAAAGUGUCUCAAAGACUGA